AUGAGAGAGUCGUGUACUAUUUUGAGUAAGAGAUUCCAUGAUUAUGAGACUAGGUAUAUUCCUACAGAGAAAUCAUGCUUUGCUCUCGUAUGGGCCGUACAGAAGUUGAGACACAUUAUCCUACCUUUCCAAAUAUGGGUAGUGGCCAUAAUGAAUCCAUUAAAGUACUUGUUUAAAAAGCCCACUUUGAGUGGAAGACUGUCAAGAUGGUUGAUCCUACUAGUAGAAUUUGAUCUAAAGUAUGUGGUGAGGAAAACUAUCAAAGGGAGCAUCGUAUCAAAUUUUUGUGCUGAGAACCCCAUGGAGGGAGAGGAUGGUAAAGAAGAUUUUUUGGGUGAGGAUAUUUUGGAUAUUGAGCUAGGGGCAUGGAAGAUGUAUUUCGAUGGAGCUAUGAACCAAUAUGGAAAUGGGAUAGAAGUACUCUUGAUCACUCCCGAAGGAUCUCACAUACCCUUGGCAGUUAAGUUGAACUUCGAGACAACCGAUAACAUGGUACAAUACGAGGCUUGUAUCAUCAGAAUGGAGGCUCUCUGA